AUGUCAUUCAUCUUUUUCCUUCUUCCAAUCGAGGUUCGGACUAUCGUCUAUCGCCUGCUCUUAGUCAACACCGACGUCGUCUUCAAGCUCCAGGAUGGCACAGUAGCUCUAAACGCACCGAAACGAGUCCCAAAAUACGUCGACAUCCGAGCGUUCCAACGGUUCACUCCCGCCAAAAAUCUGCACACGGAAAUCCUGAGAUCCUGUAUACAGAUCUACGAGGAGGCUACACCAAUGCUUUGGGGUGAAAACUACUUCGCUCUUGAAGAUUCUAUAGAUGGACCAACAAUGUUCUGGUAUCUCCACGAGCUCGGCGACAUAAACAAGAUACAGCACAUCCGAUACCUAGAAAUCAUAUGGUGGGGCCACCGCUUCUCCAAAGACCAUAUCCGCCAUGCCAUCACCUUACUCCAAGACAACGGAUGCAAUCUUCACACAUUCAUCCUCUCUAUCCCAGAGAACUACUUCCUGACGCCCUCACUCCAAGUCGAUAAAUUCUUGCAGAUGCUGGGCGACUUGCGGACUGAGUACAAGUUGGAGAUACGAAACUACAACUGCUUGUUGCCGGACAUCGAUGUCGAAAUGGAGGCGGCGAUGCAUUCACUUGGUGAUGCGAAGGAUUGGGGUGUUAGUCUAGAGAUCACGGAUUACACACCUGAUCUGCCGUAUUUUGAGAAACGGUGGACUUUGGAGCCGACGGAGGUUGUGCAGUAUACUUGGGAAAAGGAGGAUAGGAAGAGGAAAUCGAAGAAGCGUCGAGUGCAGUUGGCGGACUGA